AUGGCUAUCGCUUUGGCCGAAGCCGACAAAUAUGAGAUUCUGGAGAAGAUUGAAGCGAUUGUCACAGGUUGCGGUUCGUUUGGCAUUAUUCGGAAAGUCAAGAGGAAGUCCGACGGCUUUGUGAGUAUUGACGGCCUCGAAACUCCUCAUGCGCAUGGCGCUAAUCUGCCACAGAUCCUUUGUCGCAAGGAGAUCAAUUACAUCAAGAUGUCACAAAAGGAGCGUGAACAGCUCACAGCAGAGUUCAACAUCUUGAGCUCCCUGCGGCAUCCGAAUAUUGUCGCAUACUAUCACCGCGAGCACCUCAAAGCGAGCCAAGACCUGUACCUGUACAUGGAGUACUGUGGUGGCGGAGAUCUGAGUAUGGUCAUCAAAAACCUCAAGAAGGCGAAUAAGCUGGCCGAAGAGGAAUUCGUCUGGCGCAUCUUGUCGCAACUCGUUACUGCCCUCUAUCGAUGCCACUAUGGAUCGGAUGCUGCCGAAGUCGGGUCAAAUAUUCUCGGAGCACCGCCCAAACCAUCUGGCCUGAAGGGAAAGCAGGGAUCGGUGACAAUCCUGCACCGAGAUCUCAAACCAGAGAACAUCUUUCUCGGCAGCGAUAACACAGUCAAGCUUGGCGACUUCGGGCUCUCCAAGCAGAUGCAAUCUCAUGACUUCGCAUCUACCUAUGUUGGCACGCCUUUCUACAUGUCCCCAGAGAUCUGCGCAGCAGAAAAAUACACUCUGCGAUCCGAUAUCUGGGCGGUCGGAUGCAUCAUGUACGAGCUUUGUGCGAAAGAACCACCCUUCAAUGCUCGCACCCAUAUCCAAUUGGUGCAGAAGAUUCGCGACGGCAAAUUCGCUCCACUGCCGGACUACUACUCGCCUGAGCUCAAGAAUGUCAUCAGCAGCUGUCUGCGAGUCAAUCCCGAUAAUCGUCCGGAUACCGCCGCCCUCAUCAAUCUUCCUAUUAUCCGCCUCAUGCGCAAGGAAAAAGAAGUCGUUGACCUUGGUAAAACACUGCGUCGACGGGAGGAGAUGGCGGUCCAGAGAGUUCGCGAAAUGGAGCAAAAACUGGCAAACGUGGAGAAAGAUAAGCAACUGUUCAAAAUGGACAUUGAGAACACUGUCAGAAGAGAAUGGGAAGUGAAGGCUCGGUUGGAGAUUGAUCGACAAGUUCAGAGCGAGUUGGACCGGCUUCGAAAACGCUUUGAAGCCGAGGUUCAAGAUCGUGUUGCUAUUGAGGUGGAGAAACACCGAAAGAAUGGUGACGUACGUGAGGAUCUCUUUCGUUCGAGCCUCCGUGGUUCGGACACGAGCUCUGGUGCAUCAUCACGAACAGGCGGCCGUGAUUCCCACUCCUCCGGCGUCGUGACUGACGACUCAGACGUUCCUUCGAGCACCGACAUCAGUCAGUUAUCUCUCGAAUCGCCAGUCAGUAAUAACCGGAAACCGAGGAAAGAGGCACGCACACCACUUUGUCGCUCGAAGACUGUCGUCGAGUCCCCUCAAGAUGUGCAGAUGGCUGAGCCUUCCCCAAUUUCAAUCGCUUCACUUUCACUUUCACCUCGUCGUACGUCUGGCUCGGGUACUUCUCGCAAUAUUUUUGCUGAAGCCGAGCGUCAGAAAGCCAAGUGGGAGCCCACGCUUGCCUAUUCUGACGAUGAGGACGACACUCCUGACCUUCCGUCACCGACUCGUCCCAAGGUCAAGCCCGACCCAUUCAAGGCGCCUCCUCGUCCCCUAUUGCGCCAGAACACUGCUGCUCUUAUGCAGAAACUAAGCUCCCAGCCACCACUUUUCCCCUCUGGUGCCUCCCGACUACCUCAGGUCGCUGGCGCAUCAAAUCCAGUUCAGCCUGACACUCGUCCGAAUGUAUCAGACGGUCGCGCCAGGUCACCACAUCGCCGACUUUCCAAAAUCCCCUCAUCAGCUAAUCUUGCCGCCGACGCAUCUCCGACACGCAAGAGCUCAGUCAAGCAAUCCUGUUCCAAAUCGAACAACGUCGGUGGCGAUGAGAUGUUCAAAGCCGUCAUGCAACGCAACAUGGGUGGUCGGACCUUGGUCGAACUCGCUCAAGCUCGAGCCGGCGGUCGACCUGUGGACGAAUUCAAGCGAUGUGCAAGCGAUUCCCGGGCUACUGGUCAAAGCUCUAGUAUGAAGUUAUCCGAGCGUGACCCCCCAGCUGUGUGGGAUCCUGAGCGUGACGAAAUGCCCAGUCCUUUCCUCGCACGCGGCAAGAAGAUCAUUCGCAACCUUAGGUGA